UGGUAUAGAUCACGUGGUGUCAGGUUUCAUUCCUCGGCGGCAGAUUGUACGUGCAAAAUUAAUUUGUAGGGAGGAAAAUUUGUUCUUGAGUUUUGGAAAAAGAGAAAGUAAUCGUAUUGUGAAAGACCACUGUCUUAAAAUAUGGGACAACGAGAAUCGAAGAAACCCCCGGAACCACUCCCAGAAGAUCUGUUGGACCUUUACGUAAGAUCAGAGUUCAAGGCCAUGGACUCGGACAAUGACGGAAAAUUAACAAGACAAGAAGUCCGAAAUAUGCUCCGCUUUAUGGGGUUUAAAAAAUCAAAACAUAAACUAAAGUAUCUUGGCGUGCCAGGGCGUAAAAGCAUGGUGGCCCUAGAGGACUAUGUGUCUGCGUUCAAAGCGGAUAAGGUUCUUAUUGACAAGACAGACAAUUUUAGACAACUGUUCAAGUUGUUUGACAAAAAUUCAGAUGGAUGGGCAGACAGGCGAGAGAUAUCGGAUGGCUUAGAAGAAGUUUGUAAUACGGUUGAAAUGUUUAUCGACCAGGCUCUGCAAGAGACUGUUGAUACCAUGGUGACUAGUGCGGAAAGCAAAAUUUCGUACGAGAAUUUCCUCGCCCUGGAAUUUCAAAUUGCUCACAGGCUGAGGGAAGAGGACAAGAAAAAAUCCAUGUUUGAUGAGGAUUAACCAACGCAACAAUUUUUGCACAACUAUUUUUAUUAAAGCUGGAUAAAUGUUCAUUAAAGUUUAUAUCUGUGCUAUUGACUUCAUGACUUCUUAUGCCUUAACCUUUAGCCUGCUGCCGGCAAGUGAUUCUGCCUUUGCGACCAGUGCAGACCAAGGUCAGCCUGCACAUCCGUGCAGUCUGAUCAUGGUCUGCACUGUUCGCUAUUCAGUCAGUAUAUUUUCAGUAAACACCCCUUCAAAUAAUAAAUGGUAUUGCCCAAAUUGAGUGAUGGACCAGUCCAUUUUAGAAAUUUAGCAGGAUAAAGGUUAACAUAUGUAGUGAUCAUUUUGUGAAGCUUCACCUCUUACAUUGUCUGCUCUUGCUUAGACCUCACGUGGUUUUUGUUUUGAUUGCAUCCUCCGUCACGUGGUUCUUUGUAAAUAACAUUAAAUCUUCUUUGGUGAACCACAUUGUUCCUUAGAUUUAGACAAAUUUUAUCUUUAAACACUGGGGCUUUUAUUUUUACCGUCAUUCUUAUUGUUUUCCUGUCAAAAUGUUUUCAUAUACUAUUGGAAGAAAGAGAUCAAGUCCAAUAAACACAUAAGGACGAAAACAUUUUGGUUCUCAAAAUUGAAUUGAUUGUAGAUUCAUCAAAUUUUUGAGUUGACAUAAACAUUCGAAUUAACAUGUUAAACGUCAAGAUAAGAACAUUAAGUAUUACAGGCGUACUUUCAUAACAGAACAUUACAGAACAUUUGAUAUUGUUUGUUAAAUUGUUCUUUGGGGAUUCUUUCUCAUUUAUAGAUGAAAUUCGAGGACGACAUAACAUUCAUAAAGGAAAAAGUUCAAAAUUUUAUUGCUAUGAAAACGAUUUUGGAAACACAGAAAAUAUAUUAUUACUUCGUGCAAUAUAAUAAUAUAUGUAUGGUAAUUCCGUUAAAGCCGGUAUUACGGGACGUGAGGAGUGUUGUACAUUUUAUUACCUCUCAUGCGUAUUGUGCCGAGUCUAAUAUCAGUAUGCUUUGUUGCAUUUAAUUACAGUAGGAUUCAACUUUUCAGCACUAACCAUUGUCCUUGCCUUUACAUAUAAUACAUUCUGUUAUUCAUCAUCCUAAAGAAUUAUAGGAAUUUUCCCCAGAUUUUAACAAUGUCUUUAUUGGUUCCGAAUUUAUUACAAAAACCGAUUUUGGUAAAGGAUUUUCUAUUGCCAAUUUAAGCCAUUUUCGACACUAAAAACAAGAGUUUUUAAUUUAUAAUUAGAAAAUAAAGUAUCCAAUUUUGCUUUAUUUUUCAAAGUAUUGUUAGAAAAGUUUUAAGAUAUUUUUGUUAAUUUGAAGACAGACUUUUUUCUAAAAAUUCACUGUUUUUCAUAUGCUCGAAUUCUUUUAGGAUGAAAUUCAGUAAGACCGUAAAAAUGACCAGUUCCUAACCUUUGGGAUUUUUAGGAUGAAGUUCUAUUUAAAUAUGCAAUAUUAAAAAAAACUGCAUUUGAUUAAGUGAAUCAAAUAAGAGAAUCAUCAAGUAGAAUGUAAUUAUUAUUGUUCCAUUUACAGAUGUACGUUUACAGAUUCGUAGUUAGAAAUUUCUAGUCUAAGACAGUUCUAGUAAAAGUGCCUUAAAUCAAACAGAUUCGGUAAAUUCUACUUAUUCAUAUUUUUGUCAGUGUACUUAAAGAUAAGUAAUGAAUUACAACAUAUAUAGUUAGACACAUUUCUAUUUUAUACCUACGAAUAAACAUUUAUGUUUGUCAUA